AUGAGUACGAAUCCACCAUAACAAAAUUUAUUUGGAAAUAAACCUCCUCAACCAAAUAUGUUAUUCUCAGGUGCAUCUGCAUAACCAUAAACAAAUAACAUUUUUGGUAAUCCAUAACCAACACAACAAAAUAAUAUGUUAUUUGGAUAGCCAAACACUUAAACUCAACCAAUCAUAGGUAUAUUUAAAUAUGUUAUAUAAUAGGGGGAUUUGGAUAAAAUCCAAUAUUGGGAUAGCCACCUUAAACUUAGGGUAUAUUUGGUCAGCCAUAAGCAACUUCUAAUUUAUUUAGUACUACAUAACCUGUUUUAGGUUAAUAAACCAAUUUAUUUUCUACAAACCCUUAAUAACAAUAACCAGGUUUUAUAUAAAAUGGAUUAUAAUAUCAACAGCAAAAUUAGAUUCAAUCUUUUAUUAAUGAUUCAAAUGCCUUUAAAGAAAAAUAUAAUUUAGUGACUCAAAAGAUAAGUGAAACAGAAAAAAGCUUUGCUAAUCAACCAGCCUAAAAUUAAUAAUGGCAAUAAAUGAUUUAACCUAUUUCAUAAAUUAUCUUUUAAAUGGAUACAAAAUCUGUGUUUGACACUUCUGAAUAAAUUUUAGCUGGUUAAAAAGAUUUGUCUAAAAAUUUAAAUGAAUAUAUUUCUACUGUUGGAUUAGUAUAAAAAAUAACAGAGGAUGGAUUAGAAGUCUUAAAAAAAGAAGAGGCUUAAUGCAAUGAUUUUUAAAAAGCUUAAUAAACAAUGAAAGAAUCAUAUGAUUAAUUAUCUGGAACUGUAAGAAUUAAUUAAUAGUUUUCUGUUCCUUAAAAAUAUUAAGAACAAUUAAUAUUAUAAUAACAUGAAUAACUAGAACUAUUGACUAAUACUGUAGAUAAAAUGAUUAAAUAUUAUGAAAAAUAACCAAAUAUGGAUGUAGAUGAAGCUUUAUAAUAUAAAUUAAUGCAUCUAUAAACUUUGUCCAAUUAUUAAUGUAUGCUUUCAUCAAGAAUAAGAAACAUAUAAGAAAAAAGUAUCAAUAAUAAUAAUAAAAUAUAUAGUUUCAACAUUUUAAGCAAAGACUUAUUCUUAGAUUAUGCCAGAUAAAAAAAUAGAUGAAUUUUAUACCAUAGAUACACAUAAAGACAUGUUAGAUUAAAUUAUUAUUGAAAAAAUCUGA